CAGCUGCAGGAGGAGCAGGCCUGGGUGCACAUGGAGGGGCUGCAGCUGGCCGUGGCCCUGGAGCAGCUCCGGAGUGAGGGUCUCGAGGCCCUGCGGACUCAAGGCCAGGCCCCUGGCCCCAACAUGGCCCGUCGCUCCCAGAGCAGCUCGCAGGGGGACAACCCAUUGGCACCUGGGUACCUGCCACCCCACUACAAAGAAUACUACCGCCUGGCGGUGGAUGCGCUGACUGAGGGUGGGCCAGAAGCCUACAACCGCUUCUUAGCAUCUGAGGGGGCACCUGACUUCCUGUGCCCUGAGGAGCUGGAACAUGUGACCCGCCACCUGCAGCCCCCACAAUAUGUGGCCCGGGAACCCCCUGAAGGCAGCCCUCCUGAUGUGGACAUGGAUGGUUCCUCAGGAACCUACUGGCCAGUGAACUCAGACCAGGCUGUGCCUGAGCUGGACCUGGGCUGGCCCCUGACCUUUGGCUUCCAAGGCACGGAGGUCACCACACUGGUACAGCCACCGCCCCCCGACAGCCCCAGCAUCAAAGAUGAAGCUCGGAGGAUGAUCCGCUCUGCCCAGCAGGUGGUAGCCGUGGUGAUGGACAUGUUCACCGAUGUGGAUCUGCUCAGUGAAGUGUUAGAGGCUGCGGCCAGGCGAGUCCCGGUCUACAUUCUGCUGGAUGAAAUGAACGCUCAGCACUUCCUGGACAUGGCAGACAAGUGUCGUGUCAUGCACCACGUGGAUUUCCUGCGCGUGCGCACAGUGGCAGGGCCUACCUAUUACUGCCGCACUGGGAAGUCCUUCAAGGGCCAUCUGAGAAAGUUCUUGCUGGUGGACUGUGCUGUAGUGAUGAGCGGAAUAUACAGCUUCAUGUGGUCCUUCGAGAAAAUCCACCGCAGCCUGGCUCAUGUGUUCCAGGGAGAGCUGGUCUCCAGCUUCGACGAGGAGUUCCGCAUCCUCUUCGCCCAAUCAGAGCCCCUGGUGCCCUCGGCUGGGGUGCUAGCCCGCAUGGAUGCCUAUGCUCUUGCGCCGUACUCCGGGGCCGGGCCCCUGGUGGGCGUCCCCGGGGUUGGAGCACCAACACCUUUUUCCUUCCCUAAGCGGCGCACUCCUGUUCCACCGCCCCGGGAAGAAGGCCUGGGCUUCCCCUCUUUCCUAGACCCUGACCGCCACUUCCUGUCAGCCUUCCGCCGCGAGGAGCUGCAGCGCAUGCCUGGGGGUGCAUUGGAGCCCCACUCAGGGCUCCGGCCACUGGCGCGGCCGGCUGAGGCCGGACCCAUUGGGGAGCUCGCAGGCCGGGGCUUCUUCCAGGCGCGGCACUUGGAGAUGGACGCCUUCAAGCGGCACAGCUACACCGCGGCCGACGGAGGUGGAGCCGUGGAGAACUUUGCCGCUGCGCGGCAGGUGUCGCGACAGACAUUCCUCAGCCACGGGGAUGACUUCCGUUUCCAGACCAGCCACUUCCAGCGUGACCAGCUCUACCAGCAGCAGCAUUACCAGUGGGACCCACAGUUUGCGCCCGCGCGCCCGGGCCUCUUCGAGAAGCUUCGUGGAGGCCGACCUGGCUUUGCGGACCCUGAUGACUUUGCACUAGGUGCUGGGCCCCGCUUUCCAGAACUCGGUGCCGAUGUACACCAGCGGCUGGAAUAUGUGCCAUCCAGCGCAUCUCGGGAAGUACGCCACGGCUCGGAUCCCGCCUUUGGACGCCCACGUGGUAUGGAGCCCAAUGGGGCCUCGCGCCCCAACCUGGGCCAGCGUUUUCCGUGCCAAGCAUCCAUGAGGCAAGGCCUGGACACCACUCCAGAGAUGGAGCCGCGCAGGGGUGGACCCGAGGGCCGGGCCCGGCUCCGUCACUGGCGCCUUGCUUCCUACCUGAGCGGCUGCCACGGUGAUGGCGGGGAGGAGGGUCUGCCGAUGGAAGCUGAGGCCUAUGAAGAUGAAGUGCUGGUUCCUGGAGGCCGGGACCUGCUCCCCUCCGCCUUCCGCACUCGUACCCUUCCAGCCAAGGGACCAAAGCCAGGCUCAGGAAGCGGUGGUGGAGAUAGCUCAGAGAGAGAGGGCACAGAAGAGACAGGCCUGGCCAAGCAGGACUCCUUCCGCUCCCGCUUGAACCCGCUCAUCCAGCGCAGCUCCAGGCUGCGCUCAUCACUCAUCUUUGCCUCACAGGCCGAGGGUGCUGGGACCCACGCAGCCACCACAGAAAAAGUACAGCUGCUACACAAAGAGCAGACUGUCAGUGAAACCGUGGGGCCCGGUGGAGAGGCCGUUCGUUCCAGCGCCUCGGCGAAAGUGGCGGAGCUACUGGAGAAAUACAAGGGCCCUGCCCGGGACCCUGGGGGCGCAGGGGGUCCCAUCACUGCCUCCAGCCACAGCAAGGCGGUAGUGGCCCAGUCCUGGCGGGAGGAGGUGGUAGGGCCCGGAGGCGGAACUGAGCGCCGCAGCCUUGAGAGCUGCUUGCUUGACCUGCGCGACUCCUUCGCACAGCAGUUGCAUCAGGAGGCAGAGCGACACCCAGGAGCGGCAUCGCUGACCGCUGCGCAGCUGCUGGACACACUGGGCAGCACAGACCGCCUGCCUUCGCGCUUCCUCUCCGCCCAGGGUCGCUCCUUGUCGCCACAAGGGCGAGAUAGCCCUCCACUAGAAGGGCAAGGAACGCACCAGUUGCCUUAUUCUGAGCCAAAAGGGAGCCCCACGCAGCUUACCCUGAGCGCAAGGGAGCCCCCGUCUGGAUUUCCCAAUCGAGGCAGCCCAACCACCGGGUUGAUUGAGCAGAAGGGAGUCCCACUAGCCUACCCAGACCGCAGGGCACCCGGUCCCCAGUGCCGAGCGCAGGGCAGUCCAGUGCCCCCUGUCCCUGAGCGUAGAGGCAGUCUCACCUUCGCCGGGGAGUCUUCGAACGGGCCUACGGAUGAGGUGGCUGGCGGCCCCAUGGAAGUCCUGCGAAAGGCUCCUCCGCCUCAGCAGUUGCUGAGCCCCAAUGAGCGGGCGUGGGAGGAUGAGGGCGGCUUGCCAGCUCCACAGGAGAAUGCGGCAGCCCGAGAGCCCCCGCGGCCCUCGCGGCGGGGUGACAGCGCAGAGGCUGCUGCAGACGAGAGAAGCCCCAAGGUUCGCCUGACUUCAGCCACCGCCAAUGCCUUAUACAGCAGCAACCUGCGAGAUGACACGAAGGCCAUUCUGGAGCAAAUCAGUGCCCAUGGCCAGAAGCACCGCGGGGUCCCUGCUCCAGGCCCGGCUCACAGCAGUCCGGAGCUAGGUCGCCCGACAACUGCAGGGGACUUGGCCCCAGACAUGUCCGACAAGGACAAGUGUUCGGCCAUCUUCCGCUCAGACAGCCUAGGGACACAAGGCCGGCUCAGCCGCACGCUGCCGGCCAGCGCAGAGGAGCGUGACCGACUCCUUCGCCGCAUGGAGAGCAUGCGCAAAGAGAAGCGUGUCUACAGUCGCUUCGAGGUCUUCUGCAAAAAGGAGGAAGCCGGCAGCACUGGCACAGGAGACAACCAGGCAGAGGAGGACACCAGGGACAGUAAAAUGGGCAAAUUGUUCCCAAGAUUUGGGACAUUCAAAAGCAAAAAAUGAGUCCUCUGGUCCUGGAGGCCAGGACUCUGCAUCACUGCCAUACAGCACUCACGGGACCCAUCUGGUACUGAUGGAGUGGUGGCUGCCAGGCUGGUGUCAAAGCCG